CCAAAUGGAAAAGACAUCCCUUUUAUGGUCUUCAAUUGGUCAAAUUUGUUGCGCGCAGUAAUCUACAGACAUAGCUAGAGUGAUUGAGAGAGACAGACAGAGAGCAUGGCUGACAACCUCUUCGAAGGCUUGCCUCCUCCUUCCCAACAAAAAGAAGAACGAGAACGAGAACAAGAGCAAGAACAACAGCACCAACGCUCUAAAACCGCUACUACAGGCUGCGGCUCUUCUUCUUCUUCUUCUCCAGUUCCGGCUCCGAAGCCAGCGCUCAAAAGCGCCCUCAAGCGCUCCGAGCCCACCGAAUCAAAACCAGAAGCCAGUGUGCCUGAAAAACGCUUGAGGUUUAAAACCACAACCGAUGCCUCAGAGAAGCAAGUUAUAGAGGCCAUGCAGAAGAUAGCUUCACAUAUCAAGAACCCUGCAAAGUUUGGUAAGGCUUCAAAGCUUGCCAUACAGCUGAUUCAGGCAGGAAGUGUGAAGCCAGGAACUGGUGAUCACUUCUUUGCCAUACUAGAAGCUGCAAUGUCUUCAUCCACUUCUUGUACGGAUCCUUCAGUGCGAGCAGAUUAUCAUGCGUUAUUCUCGGCAGCACAGGAUGCCCGAGAAUGCCUCAAUAAGAAGCAAAAGAAUCAAUUAACUACCUGGAUGAUCAGGGCUGUGGAUGCAAAUGAUUUAUACACUGAUGACAGCUUUGUGUUUUCAAAAACAGCUGGACGGAUCAAAGAAGCCAUAUCUAAUCUCCCCAUUGCAGCUGAGGAUGAUGACAGAGAGGAAGCAGCGGCUCUGAAAGAUGAAUCAGAGUUGACAGAUGAAGAUGGUCAAACAAAGCAGGAAAUGUCUUCUGUUGCUCCAUCUGAAGAAAAUGAAGAGGAAGAAGAGUCUGACCCAUUUGGGCUUGAUGCUUUCAUGUCUAGUUCGGUUAAUAAAAGUGGAAAAACGAAGGGAAAGAAAGAUGCAGCAGCCAGGAUCAAGGAGGAAGUAGGAGAGAACAAGAGAUUCAUCAAGUCACAAAGGGAAGCCUUGAUUAUAUGUUUAGAGAUUGCUGCUCGGCGUUAUAAAACUCCAUGGUGCCAAACAGUUAUAGACAUCCUAGUAAAGCAGGCCUUUGACAACGUUGGAAGGUUCACAUCUCUUCAAAGAGAUGCGAUUGAGAAGCUUUGGGCUUCUAUACGGGAGCAGCAUGCUCGUAGGAAGCAGGGGAAAUCAGUAACUGGGAAACUUGAUGUAAAUGCUUUCGAAUGGCUCCAGCAAAAAUAUUCCACUGAGAAGAUCAGCAUUCGGCACUCUGUUGGAGCUAGUGGAGAUCGUCGUGCUCAGCAGUGGCUUGGUUGAUGUAUAUAUACAUUGGUACGGAUUUUAUUGAGCUGGGUAUUGAAUGUUUAAGUUCGGUUGGAACACGGAUCGAGCUCGAUGUAUCUCUAAAUUAAAUAAUCUGUUCAUUUCUUUUUCGAACAAAUUCGACUUUGUUCACAGGCUAUUAAAUUAAUUUACUCAUUGCAUAUAUAUAUAUAGUAAGAGUAAUGUUACAUUUUCCACA